GAGUUAUCACAUUUAAUUUGUUUCGCACUAUGCCUUUGGCCUCCUGGCUUCAUAAAGCGAGAUUUGCUGUCCCUGGUUCUAAAGGUGUGCUAAUCGUCUGAAAUUAAGAUUCGCGCGAAGCGUUGAAUGCUCUCUGACGUAUGAAUGAAUGGCUGCCCAAGACACUUCUCAAUAGUGUUUCAUCUUCACGAAUUUGUGCAAUUUUCUCACCCUGGCAUUUGUAUACGUAGAGUAUUGCGAGAGAAUAAGAUGGAACAUAUGGAAAAUGUAAGUAUGCAUCAUAUUGCAGAUCGAUGAUAUAGGCUACAUAAUUAUCAUCGACAUUGAACGCCUAAAGUUGUCGUAUAUUUGUCAAUUUCAACCGCGUAGACCUAUAUUUGUUUCCAAAUAUCUAUCUAUGUUCAGUAAGCGGUAAAAUCUUACCGAAUACGGUCCAUGGGGUUGAAACCAUUUUUUGAUCUCUAAUGAUUGGGACACUGUUUUCUUUAGGUUAAACUUGUCACUGGUGUAAUGGAAUAGAUGCAAUUUGGGAAUUCACGUUUGAGGAGUGUUUCUUUGCAGUCUUGAGAGCGUCACGAUGUUAACCACUUGAGCAUAGCAUAGCAAUAUCCCGUGGGAGUCUUUAUUAUGACUUCUGUCAUUGUUAUCAGAACAUGACUGUGUGAACAUUUCUUUUUCUAUAUGUGGUUGACUUUUCUUUAGCUACUUUCCUGUGUUUUGUAUUGAUCAGAACGUUUGUCCUUUUAAAUACAUAGCUAGGCAUUUCGGGUAGUAAAUGUCCAACACGAGUAUUCUCAGUAUUCUAACGUAAGUGAAAUUCUAACAACAAGUGAAAUAUUUACUAUACGAUCUUAUUUUACAUGAGUAAUAUAGGCAAUGUAUAACAGUAACACACGGUGUCGCUAUAGACCACAGAAAUUAAUGUCGUCUCUGAUAUUUUAUGACUCCUCCUCUCUUAAUAAGAAAGAGAAUAGCGUCACCACUACCGAGAGCUUUGCGAUCAGAAAAUCUCGAACGGUGGUGAGAUGGAGAGGGCUUGGCUGUGUACAGGAUCUCUCCAAUAGGCUUUUUGGAAAUUCAUGGAUAUGUGACUUUUCUACUGAGAUAAAAAAAAUAAUACACGCAACGAUGGGUAGUCAACGACAAAGAGAAAUCGUUUGGAUUCAUUGCGUCGCGUUGCUUUGUUUAUUUGACUGGUCUGCAGCGCAGAUCUCUUACUCCAUUUCAGAGGAGGUGGACAAAGGCACGUUUGUGGGGAAUCUCGCUAAGGAUUUAAACCUUAAUGUACAGGAACUGGAGUCGAGGGGUCUAAGGAUUGUAUCGGGACACGGUAGGCCUAAGAGGUAUUUCGAGGCGAAUUUGAAAACAGGAAUUCUAUAUGUUCAUGAGAGGCUAGACAGAGAGGAGCUUUGUCCGAAUACGGUAAAGUGUUCGCUAAACAUACAGGCCAUAUUGAGCCAUCCUACGCAGCUCCACCGUAUAGAGGUGAAUAUCUUUGACAUAAAUGACAACGCACCAUCUUUUCGUGAAACCGUGAAAUUAUUAAAUAUUUCAGAAUCCUCAUAUCCCGGUGAGAGAUACCUUCUACCGGUAGCUAAUGACGCAGACACGGGCAGUAACUCGGUAAAGAGCUACAAGCUGAGCCCGAAUGAACACUUCUCCCUGGAUGUGCAGAACGGUGGAGAGCAGAGUGUGUCUGCUGAGUUAGUGCUGCAGAAAGCUUUAGACCGAGAGAAACAGCCCGCGAUCCAGCUCACACUGACCGCUGUAGAUGGUGGAAAUCCUCCAAGAUCCGGAACAUUAAAGAUUAUUGUUAACGUAAUGGAUGUAAAUGACAAUACGCCAGUAUUUAGCCAAUCCCUUUACAAGGCACGUGUUUCUGAAAACGUUGCCUUUGCGUCAUCUAUAUUAACAAUCACCGCCACUGAUUUAGAUGAGGGGGUAAAUGGUGAUCUUGUUUAUUCUUUCAUUGAACGGGGACAUUUUAACCCUGCCGAUACAUUUUCCAUAAAUUCAGACACAGGUGAAAUUAAAGUUAAGGGGAAGUUAGAUUUUGAGGAAAAAGCUGCAUACGAAAUUCGUGUGCAGGUGUCAGAUCGUGGACACUCUCCUCGCAGUGCCCAUGGUAAAGUGUUAGUGGAAGUUAUUGAUGUCAAUGACAAUACACCUGAAAUAUCAGUGACGUCACUUAUGAGCCCAGUGAGAGAGGAUGCUGAGUUAAUGUCUGUGGUCGCCUUGGUCACAGUAAAUGAUAAAGAUGGAGGUCAAAAUGGCCUCACCAACUGUAAACUUGUAGGCUCUGUCCCUUUCAAACUAAAGUCGAACUACAAAAACGAUUAUUCUUUAGUGGUAGACGGGCCUCUUGAUAGGGAGAGCACUGCUCAGUACAAUGUCAUCAUCACAGCUACGGAUGAAGGGACCCCGCCUCUCUCCAGCACUAGCCUUAUUACUGUAGACGUUUCUGAUGUGAAUGACAACGCUCCUCGCUUCUCAGAACCAAUUAUUAAUGUUUAUGUGAAAGAGAACAGUCCGGUAGGUGACGUCAUUUAUACGACGUCUGCUUUUGAUCCAGAUUCAGGUGAAAAUGCAAAAGUGACGUAUUCAUUAUUAGAUAAAAGUGUUUCAAUAUCAUCAGCUGUAAAUAUAAACUCAGAUACAGGAGAUGUAGUCAGCCUGCUGUCGUUUAACUAUGAGGAGAUAAAAACUUUCCAGUUUAAAGUUCAAGCCACAGACUCUGGUGUUCCUCCUCUCAGCAGCAACGUGACUGUGAACGUUUUUAUUCUGGAUGAGAAUGACAACAGUCCUGGGAUUCUCGCGCCCUAUUCUGAUCACGGCUCCGUUAACUCUGAGAACAUUCCCUAUUCUGCUGAAGCGGGCUACUUUGUGGCCAAGAUCAGGGCUGUAGACUCCGACUCUGGCUACAAUGCGCUGCUUUCUUAUCACAUCUCUGAGCCCAAGGGAACCAACCUCUUCCGAAUCGGAACCAGCACCGGGGAACUAAGGACUAAGAGGCGAAUGGGUGACAAUGACUUGAAAACACACCCGUUGGUCGUGUUGGUUUCUGAUAACGGAGAACCCUCACUGUCAGCGACUGUGUCUAUUGAUGUAGUGGUGGUUGAAAGUACAGGUGAAAUCCAGACUGAAUCCAGAAACGUACCAAGAAAGGAGGAGAGUUUCUCUGAUUUAAACCUGUAUUUGCUGAUCGCCAUUGCCUCGGUGUCAGUGAUAUUUUUAUUGAGCCUGAUCAGUUUAAUAGCUGUAAAAUGCCACAGGACAGACGACAGUUUCAGAAGGUACAGCGCCCCAAUGAUCACCACACACCCUGACGGGAGCUGGUCUUACUCUAAUUCUACUCAGCAGUAUGACGUGUGUUUCAGUUCAGACACACUGAAGAGUGACGUUGUGGUUUUCCCCGCACCGUAUCCACCUGCAGAUGCAGAGCUGAUCAGUAUUAAUGGAAAUGACACGUUUGACAGGACUCAAACAUUACCCAACAAAGAGAAGCCCAAGGUGCCCAAUUCAGACUGGCGUUACUCUGCUUCACUUAGGGCUGGGAUGCAGAGCUCAGUGCACAUGGAGGAGUCGUCGGUGAUGCAGGGAGCGCAGGGGGUUCUGGUCCAGAACUGGCCGACCGUGUCUAGCGCCGCCGGAGAUGCUGAGGGUGGAGAGGUGUCCCCACCCAUGGGAGCCGGAGUGGACAGUAACAGCUGGCACUUCCGUUACGGCGCCGGCGGUCCCGGAGGACCCCCCCAGCACCUGAAGCCCGGCGAGGUCCCCCCCGAAGCCUUCAUCAUCCCUGGAUCGCCCGCCAUCAUCUCUAUCCGCCAGCAGGGAGGAGAGGACGACAAGAGCGACUUCAUCAGCUUCGGAAAGAAGGAGGAGGCCAAGAAGAAGAAGAAGAAGAAGAAGGAGAAGAAGGAUAAGAAGGAUAAGGGGAAGGAUGACGAUGAGUAGAGGAGGAGGAGGAGGAGGAGGAAGAGAAGGAAGGGGAGCUGUUGAAACAGAGGUACCAACCAAAGUCCACCGGGAAACAAAAAUACAAUUAUUUUAGACCACAGGUGAAAAUAUAUUCCCAAUUCUACUUCAUAAUCUCUGGCUCAGUAACACAGACAGCCAGACAAAGUCUGCUGCAGUCUGCUCUAUACCCACCCCUGCAACAAAGAUAAUAGCCCAAAUCUCUCUGGUAAAAAUCGGGCUUUACCAAGAUUAUUGUAGAUUACUGUCGCCUCAAAAAUCUCUUACUGGGGAAAUUGAUUAAUCAUCCCUUGAUGAAAAAAAAACAGAUUAAUAAAUGUUCCACCAUGCCCCCAGGUGCCUAUACACCUUGAGCCAAACGAUUCCCUCCCUACUCUUCUCAGCAAGGGGACGAGAGCCACUGUCUCCCCUCACCCUCUGCUAUUCACCCUCCCACCCACGGAUACAUUGGCACCUCUGUCUUACCCCUUCCCACCAUGUUGUAUAAUUCUUUCUCUUUGAGAGGAAAAGAAAAUCCAACGGCCAGAAGAAAACAGCUCUGUGCCUCGGAAAGAGAGCAAAAAAAAAAAAGGAAAUGACGAGAAGAAAGUAAACUGAAGACAACACAACAGAAGACGAGUUAAAUGUUGGUGAUUUAAGAGCUGGACACUCACACUUGUAAAUAGCAUGGGAGAGAGUUGCUAAAGCUGAGGCUAAAGGCUAACACGGCACUGCUGCUGCGGCUUCCUAUCGCGCUCUCUAGCUGUCAGUGUUCCCUGUGACGGCAAGGAAAACAUGGCUGUCAAGGACAAAACACGCUGACACACACUCGCUGUAGCAACCCGGACACUGAGAACACCUGAGAACUGGAGAGAGGUAAAAAAAAUAAAAAAUAAAAAAUACAGGAGCAGCCAAGAAAACAACAUUGUGUUUAAUACGGAACGCAAGCUGUACAGAACGCAAGCUUUUUCCUAAGCAGUACACAUGUGUACAGUAGAUCUACUCUCUCAGGGUUGGCACAGCAGCAUCCCCUGCAGUUACUCCUGAUGGGUUCGCUCACUACUCUCUUUUGGGACGACGAGAUCCUUCUCUCGCUCAAUGCAAACAGAUAGAACGAGGGAUGGAGAGAAAGGAGGAACACUCUUCAGAGUCUCCUGAGAACUAAAGAGAGAAGAGUCCAGUUGAGUUGGCCUGUGAUCCAGCUUGUUGAUCUGAGCUCCGUUGGAACCUUGUAGAAUAGCAGGGGCGACUCUAGCUAAAGAUGAUCUCUUCUACUCUCCCCCUGCCACUCAGCAAAAGCCUGAGGCUUUCUGCUCUGAAUGUUUGGUAGCAACCAUCACUUACCUGAUAUCCAACCUGAUCCCCCAUCCUCCACAUCCCCACCCCGCCCUUUCCACUCCCUGCCCCUACCCACACAGAUUCUCAUCCCCACCCUUACACCAACCACAGACUGCUUCUUCACAUGAUGACGAUGAUGAAUUUGUGAAACUUUUUCACUUUCUAUUUGUUCUUGGAGAAGACCCUCGAUUUCCUACUCUGUUUAGUUAGCUUUAACUGAUCUGCAGCGCUUCUGCUUGUCCCACCCCCCUUGCCCUCGGCCUUUCUCUUUUCUCUGGCCGUGGACUCCCCCUCUAGCCCCAUGUUCUUUCAAGGUGAACUGGGAAGGCUGAACAUUGUGGUGUGCUGGGAACAGCAUGGAGUAAUGUGGAAGAGGCCUGAAGAACCCAGUCGGGACCGGGGGUCCAUUAUUCUGAGUUCUAUAACGCCAGAUGUCUCCAAGUGCAAAACGGUUGAGUGCUUUUAACUUGUGAAUACUACGCUGUUCAUUCCUGUUUGUGGUCACUGGCGAGAGGGGACGAGGUGGGAUGGGGACAGGGAUGGGGUGGAUGUCUGGGACAUGGUUCUGAGAGCUAGGCUUAUCCUACAUGUUCCUGGGUACACGUAUAUCUCGAAAUUGAUUGAUUAUGAUUAGUGAAUCAAAACAGUAGGUCAUCCAUUGGCUUUUAUGUACACGAUAAAUGUAGAGUUAGACUUGCUUUUUAUAUAUGUGGCCUCUGCAUUAAUAAAUGCAGUGUAUACUGCUAAUUAUUACAUUAUUAAUGAAUAAAUAAGGGCAUAUAAGGAUUCCCACCCCACAGCUCUAUCCCAUCAAUCCCCUCUCAGGAGGUUUUGUAAUCAGCCCUGCUUCGAUUGGUUCCCCGUUCCCCUGCCUGUAUGUUGUUGCAACGCACCCCCUCCCCCUCCAGGUUUUGCGGCUCAAUAUGACGUCACUCCACUAAAGCGGCUGCUGCAUGUUCGUCUCAAAGGAAACUCAAACAAUAUAGAGAUACAAAUAUAUAUAUAUAGAAAUAGAUGGCUAUGAUUUUAUUGUUUCGUAUUAUAAUUUUACUUUAUGACUCUCACAGGAGAUAUGUGUAUGUACCGUCUCUGUCAUGCAUCUUCUACAUAUUACACCCUCCGCACUCCACAAUACAGUGGUGUUGUAUGACGUUAACUAAACCUUUUCGAUAUUUGUAAAUGCUGUUGUGUGAUGCCCUUGAUCUCAACUCUGUUCAUUUUGUUUUAUGGAAAUAAGAUUUUCGUUUUUGAGAACAAGCAACAACAACAACAAAAAAAUGUUUUGUGUCCGGCUUUGACAUGAUGAUCUAACUAACACUGUAAUAUUGUAACUGAAAUAUGUAUGAUCCUGUGAUGAGCUAUCUCUUCCCUUUCAACAGAAAAAAACGGAAAAAAUAAACACGAAAAAAGAAGACAAUUCCUAUGUAAAAAUUGUAUAUGUAGUGUAUGCUUGUGUUUAGUGAGCGUUCACGCUGUCAUUCUUUUAUCAGCGUAUGAUGGUGACCAAUGGUGGCGCUGUCCUGGCCUACUGAUCAGUACAGAUCUGUUGUGAAACCUUUUUUGUACACCUGCUCAUCUACUGUGACGGUGAAGUAGUGACAUUUAAUUUCUUUCUGUUUUUUUUUUAUUUGACCUAAAUGGAUACAGUGGUAAUGUGUUUUGUUUAUAAAUCACUAAAUAAAAAUUUUCUUUCAUAAAAUGAGA